AUGGCUGUUAUCCUCCUUUCAAUCUAUUUCCUUUAUUUCUGGGCAUGCUCUUUAUACUCCAUCAUCGCUCCUUUUUUCCCAACAGAAGCCAAGGCCAAAGGGAUGGGGGAAGACCAGAUCGGGUAUCUUUUCAGUCUCUACGCAAUCCUGGCGAUACUAUUUUCCCCAAUCUCAGGGAAAAUCAUGAUGUGUGUAGGAAGAAAAAAAUUCCUCUUCAUAGGCUGCAUAAUAGAAACAGUAGGUAUACUAGACAGCCCUUACAGGGCUGUGGAAUCUAUCGGAAUCCUUUGGUUGAGCCAAUUUGCUACGUUUGUCGAACCAACUCACUUAUUGGUUCGAUCAACCAAAGGAUUAAUAACAGAAUCCACAGCCCUGUAAUGGCUAUCUAGGGGAAAUCCCUAUAUAUACUCUUUUUGCCUUUGUAACUAAUUUCGAUGGCGACACCUUUGUAUUCCUCAGCUUUGCGGCAAGAAUUUUGCAAGGGAUGGGAGGGUCAGCGCUGACUGUCACUUUGUUUGCGCUGAUCGCUAAUAUGUACCCUGAGGACAUUGAAGCGAAGCUCGGGUGGAUGGAAACAAUGGGAGGCGUCGGUCUAAUUCUUGGGCCACUUAUUGGUGGUGGAUUUUACAGUCUUGUAGGCUAUACAUUGACUUUUGUUAUUUAUGUCGUUGUUCUAGCUGCUCUUACUGUUGCUACAUUUUUGGUUUUGCCAUCCCCGAAACCUAGUAAUGAUACUGAAAAAGCAGCCCGAAAACUCAGCUUAUUAAAACUUGCCUUUAAUGGGAAAGUUUUUCCUACACUCCUUGUAGUAAUGUUUGGAAUGGCUGGACCUUCUUAUCUUGAGCCUGUGCUCUCUAAUCAUCUGAAAGACAACUUUGACUUAUCUAUUGAGAUGAUAUCAGUGGUUUUUGCUUUGCCUGUAAUUGGGUAUACAACUGCAGUGAAAGGGCAGACAAUGCUACCAAAAUCUUUUGAUAGGAGAAUUGUAUUGACUGUUGGUCUUUUCAUUGAAGGGGUUGCAUUUUUCUUACUAACGUCUCUAGAUAUCGUAUACAAUUUUAUAUUUCCGGAUUAUAAUAUGAUUCGUUAUAUUAUGUUAUUGCAAAUUAUUAUGAAAAUUCUGUUUUAAGGAAUGGGAAAGUUAGUCGGACCAUCAUUUGGACUUCCAAGCGAGAUUUAUUUAGUUAUUACUGGGCUAAUUUUGAUAGGCUUAGGAGGCGCAUGGGCGUAUUUGCCAUCGCUUCCCUAUAUGAUUGAUGCGGCUGCUAACUCCAAGUUGAUUAGCGAGGAAAAAAAUCUUGCUCGCCAGCCAAGGGAAUUAAUUAUUUAAUAAAAUCCUAUAAAUUUUUUUUCGGAAUUUAGUAAUUCCAUUUAUAAAAUUUAUUGUCUAAAAUUUAAUAGAAUUAUCUGGAAAACUCUCAUAGCUGGCAUAAAUUAUCAUUUAUAUAAAAUUUUUACAUUAAACAGUCUUUUGCUCAUUAACGAAGGGUAAUUUUGAAAAAGAGAUUUUGACCGCUAAAUAAGGGGAAGUAAAGAUAUGAAAAUUGAUGACCGAGAGCAUUUGUCUGACUGUUUGUCUACAGUAAUGGGGACAUUCCACUAUGUAGGAGAAGCCUUAGGGCCAAUAUCUGCAGGGCUGUUUACAGAGUAUAUAGGAUUUAAUGAAGGUGUUACAAUCUUUGGAGGAGCUGUGCUGAUAUAUACAGUUAUCUUUGGAUUGAUAACCAAAGCACUUGUGAAUAUUUUCAGAUGCAAAUGUAAUAGGAAAAGCAAGAAAACAGGUGAGAACGAUCUUAAGCAAAAACUGAUUGAAGGAGAUAAUAAAAAUUAA